CCGCUCCUCUGCUCUCCUCUCCUCGAUUUUUGCAUUCUCUCCUGCACACAACGAAACCUUGGAGUAAAAAAAUGCUGCCAACCCCUCCAACUGAUUCACUUCCUGUAGUCAGACGCUUUCCCUAAAGUGGAGAGAGGGGGGACACGAGAGAAAGGAAGAAAUCUUUCGGUUCUGAAUAAAGCUCUCUGUGGAGAAGCGAGCGGCUCCUCAGCUCUGCAGAACUUUUUUUUUUUUUUUUUUUUUUUUUUUGCACUUUGUUUCAGUGGUAGUCACAGCAUCGUGAGAGUAAAACAUUCGGCCUCUGUGCGCGAGUUCCACCCGAAUCCACGCGCUGUACGGAUGCUAAAAGUUUCUGGCACGCAUCGCCGAGUCUUCAUCUGAAUCCACGCACCGAGUUUGGAGAUACGCUGGGACACUGCAGGAGUUCAUGUACUGGAAAAAUGAAGUUUUGUCCCCUCUCUCAGAGGGAAAUAAGAUUCUGUCCGAGGGAAUUCCCACGAAACAGGUGAUCUGCACGGAGCAUCAGAGUACACCGGGAGGCUCGCGCUGCAGCGUGGACUCUAAACACACGCCGAUGUCUCACUCGGACGGAGAGUCACAGCGGUCCAACAUGGAGCGGGAGGACACGCGCUCGUCCCCCAGCACCCCGUCCACCCCCUCCGUGUGCUCGCCCACCUCCACCACCAGCUCGGUGCCCUCCACCGGGAAGAACGUGUGCGCCAGCUGCGGUCAGGAGAUCCUGGACAGAUACCUGCUGAAGGUGAACAACCUAAUCUGGCACGUGCGCUGUCUGGAGUGUUCCGUCUGCAGGACGUCACUGCGUCAGCACAGCAGCUGCUACAUCAAAAACAAAGAGAUCUUCUGUAAAAUGGAUUAUUUCAGUAGGUUUGGUACUAAGUGUGCCCGCUGUGGGCGGCAGAUAUACGCCAGUGACUGGGUGCGACGAGCCAGAGGUAACGCAUACCACUUGGCAUGUUUUGCAUGCUACUCUUGUAAGAGGCAGUUGUCAACGGGUGAGGAGUUUGGCCUGGUGGAGGAGAAGGUUCUGUGUAGGAUCCACUACGACACCAUGGUGGAGAACCUUAAACGCGCUGCUGAGAGUGGCAACGGUAUCACAUUAGAAGGAGCAGUUCCAACAGAACAAGACAGUCAACCCAAACCGGCCAAAAGAGCUCGGACAUCCUUUACUGCAGAGCAGCUACAGAUUAUGCAGGCUCAGUUUGCCCAGGACAACAAUCCAGAUGCCCAGACGUUACAGAAGCUAGCCGACAUGACAGGUCUCAGCAGGAGAGUUAUACAGGUGUGGUUUCAAAACUGCAGAGCAAGACACAAAAAGCACACACCCCAGCACAGUGGGGCUCCCCAAGGUCAUCCCCAGUCCAGGAUUCCCUCGUCCUUGCCUGAUGAGCUGCAUUACUCCCCCUUUGGCAGCCCUGAGCGGGCACGCAUGGUGGCCCUACAUGGGUACAUCGACAGUCAUCCUUUCUCCGUGUUGACCUCUCAGGGUCUCCCUCACCAGGCCAUGUCGCUGCCCCAGCUCCCCCUCAGCCGCUAGCUGAGCUUAGCCACUUAGACCCCUACAACCUCUAUGACCCUUAAACCUCCGGAUCUUGGACCUGCACCACAGGUCACACGGGAGUCAGCUUGGAGAAAAGACAAAUCUCACAGGAAUGUCACUACUCGGAAACAGCGAAAAAAAGGAGGUUAAAAAGCAAGACUUUUUGUCUGUUAUUGUCCUGAGGACAGGAUUAUUCCUCCUGCAGCCACUUGAUUGAAAAAUAAGAAAAAGCUCUUCUUUUCAGGAACUUACUAACUGAAUUUUACACCACCCUGAAGACUCAUUCUGCAUCACAUGUACAGCAUCCUCCACUCUACUCUGACAUCCUCCAACUUGAAGGUGGAGCGAGAUUUAAAGGACUGAUACUGUCAGAAAACUGAAGAUAAACAAUGAGGGGAAUAUUAAAGGGGGCUGUGCACACAGUAGACCACAUUAGAGGUAAGACUCCUUCUUUUCUCUCUAAGCAACCAUGAAGGAAACCUAACUGUAAAUGAAAUAUGUUGACUAUUGAAGCAUUUUCUGUAGGAGUGACAUUGUGGCUUAAUAACAUCUCAAAAUUGGUCAAUCUUCCACUGAAAUUACAUGAAACUUUUGUAAAGCGUGAGAAUAAUGUGUGCCUUAUCUUUUCCAUUGUAUUAUUUCAAACAACUUGGAUUUUGAAUCUGAAAUUGUAAGAAAAUCAUAUUUUAUGUCCACCAAAUGCAUCUGGUUUGUAAUGAAGGAAAGGCACAACACCAGGGCAUUUUUAUCAUUAAAUUAUCACUGUAACAUUAGAGGAAAGAGACUUUAAUUUGCUGCAAACCUGCUAAAUUUCUUUAACUGUCAGAGAAACAGAGAUGUUGAGCAUACAAGUCAUUUCCUAUAAAAUCUGAAAUGUAACAAGUUACAUAUUUUCACAUGUCCAAAUAAUUGUAUUGUCACUAAUUUAUAAGUUCUACGGUUGCUUGUUCAGCCUCCUGUGUGCAUGAGUGUCUCACAAAUGAGGAGAAAAUCAAGUGUUGGUGUAUUGGUACAAUAUAAAUCAGACCGAGGCUAUACGUGUGCGUUUCAGUGUGAGAGUGAGUGAGUGUGUGCUGGCAGUGAGAGCAGGUGUGCAUCUGUAUUUUAGUGCCAUGGCCAUUGUGUUAAGCGCAGGAUCCAACAAGACCUCAACGUCCUUGUAUUUAUUGACAUGGUAAAUCCCUGUAAAGCACUUUUUCCCCUCUGAAAGUUGUUUUGUUAAGAAAUAAAAACUUUGAAUGAAAUGAAACAAAAAAGUUUAUUUGAUAGACUGCAUAAUAAAUGUUUUGUGUACUAAAAUGCAAUA